AAGAGAGAAGCAGGGAGCACAGGCAGGCUGCUGAACAUGUGUCUCUGUGUUGUGCUGAUCGUCUGUCUCUCCCAGGCAGAGUUGGGCAGAGUGUGGGCUAAGGGGCAAACAGAUGCAAUAUAUGGGAUGUCAUCAUGGAGGGAAGGAGACACCCUGGAACUGCAGAGGACCCGCAGGGAACAGCAGCCUCUGCCAAGACCGAGCUGGGUCAGAAGGGGCCUGCAGACACUGGGGGAGGCCCUGGCUAUUGACACCCUCCCAGACAACAGGACUCAUAUUGUGGAGGACUCUCAUAGGUAUUACACCUGGCGUAGUUUUGGGCCAACAGACAAGCGAAGAGAGGAGCUGUGGGUGGAUUUGGGUGCCCUUCAGCAUGGCCAAGUCAGAAUGCAUGGCAUUCUGUCCAACACACACAGACAGGCUGCGCAAGUGCCUAUGUCCUUUGAUUUCCCCUUCUAUGGACAUUACCUAAGGCAGAUCACCAUAGCAACUGGGGGGUUCAUCUUCACAGGGGAGGUCACCCACCGCAUGCUGACAGCCACCCAGUACAUCGCCCCCCUUAUGGCCAACUUUGACCCCAGCUUCUCCAAAACCUCCACCGUGCAGUAUAUGGACAAUGGGGAGCUGUUCGUUGUACAAUGGGACAGGGUGCGGCUCCAGGGACGGGAGGCGGAGGGGGAGUUCACCUUCCAGACCGCCCUGCACCGUACAGGGACCAUCGUCUUCAGCUACAGAGACAUGCCAUUGCCAGUGGAGAUGCUCAGCUCCACUCAGCACCCAGUCAAGGUGGGGUUGUCUGAUGCAUUCACGGCCCUUGUCCCCUCACCACAAAACCCAGAAUUGCAACGUAAGACAAUCUAUGAGUACCAUCGUGUGGAGAUUGACACCACAAAGAUCACCAACCACUCUGCUUUUGAGUUCACCCCACUGCCAACCUGUCUCCAGCACAGUAGCUGUGAGACCUGCCUAUCCUCUGACCUGACCUCUGGUUGCAGCUGGUGUAACGUCCUUCAGAGGUGCUCAGAUGGAAUUGACAGACACAGACAGGAAUGGCUAGACUACGGCUGUUCUGAAGAGGUAAGUGUAAAUGACAAUACACGUCAUACCAUGGUUACCAGGGAACCUUUUGGUUAUUUUAAUCUGCCUCGCUGCUCACAGGCAAAAGACAGUAACUGUGAGGAGUAUUCUCUGGAAGAACCCCACAGCACCUCAGAACCCCCCAUUCCCUCAGACACUGAAUUUCCCCCUUCCUCAGGGGUGCUGCCAAACAGCCCUGUGACCGAGGAUGAUACCAAAAUUCUUAUUCUCAACAAAGGCAAAGACUUGAAUUCAGGUCCCCCGAGGGAGCACGAUCCUCCAGCAGUACACUCAGGCAUUAUUAUAGGCGUGGUGACGGCUGUGGUGCUGCUCCUAGCCUUGACCCUGCUGGCUCUCUGCAUUAACACACACCCCACUGCAUCUCCACCCCUCUACCUCAUACAGAAGCGCACCAGCUACUGGCCGUCCAUGAAGUUCCGUAAACAGGGGUCCAGAUACAGAGAAGUGGAAGGUGGAGGACAGGAGAAAGAGGGCUUCGUUGAGGAUGAUCAGUAUUGACACGACGGGGAUGUGUGUGUGCGUCCUAUGGUGUAAUGUGGGACAGAGGGACAGAAGAACUGGAGGAGUAGGGGAGGUGGUUUGCAGGAGCGACUAGAAACAGGACAGACAGUGGGGGCCAAUGCAGGGUGAGGCUCAGGCUGUAAAGGGGUGAGGAAUCAGUAUUGUUGAAACCAUUGGGGGCAGCUGUCAGCAGAGGGCGCUCUUGUCGAGUUUCAGUGAGUCUUCCUCUGCUGCACUCCCAAAUCUGAAGGACUGAAAAACUAAGAUUGAAUGGAAUAAG